UCUGGAUCUGGCCGCACCUAAACUCCCCCCUGAGCAGCAGUUUAGAACGCAAGGGGGUCCUCUCUGAACCUCAUCACUCAGUGGGAGGGUCUCCCUGACAGUUUUGUCUGACCCUGUCCUCUGCGCAGUAAAUACUCAAGUGUACCUUGCCGUUGAAUCUUGUUAAACCACUGUUGCAUUAACAUUGAACUUUGUUAACUCACUGUAUUAUAUGAAUAAAUGCAUCGUUGCUGUUUUCUUGAAGGUGAAGUGCAUGUUUCCAUCCAUGACAUAUUCAAAGCAUCUUUUGUGCUAAUUGGACCAGACAGACAGUUCCAAGUAUACUUAACAUGAACAACAUGAAUUAACAUUUGAAAGACUAAUGCAACAGUUUCUAGGAAUAGACAAUGUUUUCCCACAGUGAGCUGCACUGAGGUGGUAAUUUCUGUUUUCCUUUAAAGUGUAAGCAUAGGCAAGUUUACUUUUUUCCAGAGAAGAUGGGAAUAAUUAAAAUAAAAUAAAUUUAAAAAUAAUGCCAUAUUCCUGUGCAGAACAUUUAUUAAUGAAAUGCAAAAUUGAAGUAAAAUAAGUCAGACUGUCACCACAGAAUUCAGUAGGGACAGCAAUAACUUUCAGCAGUCUCUAAAAGCACAAUUUCACAACCUACCAGACAUACUGCUUCACUUCAGGGUUAAAGUUUUCUCAUCAAGUGAAUUAUUGGCUAGCAAAACAGAAAACAGCUGCUGAACAGAUAACUGGCAAUGUUCCAGAUUAUUUUUAUCACUAUUUUAGCAAGCCAUACAUUUGGAAUUGCAUUUUUAAAUGCUUACUGGAGGACAGUUUGACGGAAGAGCCAAUAGUUAAAUAAAGUAGCUCAACUCUCCUUUCCCACAAUACAUUAAAUGGUUGGCCAUUGAUGUAAGUUAUCUUGAACUUUGAUCUGCCUUUGAAAAUUUCCUUACCUUAUGAUGCAGCCUUCAUGAGCUUAAAAUAAAAUAGCAACCUUAGAACUUUAAUUAUAGCUAUGUCUGGUAAUCCUGCUCUGCUAUCAACUUAAUACAGAGGUUCAUUUCUGACAGCUAUCGAAAUUCAGCUGCCUCUUCCUUCAUGAGUCCAUUAGCAAACGAAGAUACAGUAUAAACUGACUUGCCAUUUUCAUGGUAAUGGGAGAUGUAAAAACGAAAGAGAGACAGAGCUUUGAAUGAAAAUAGCCAAGCAAGAAGGAAUAAAAGAAUCUUGUUAGACUACUUCUAGCAUCAGUGCAACUCAGGGAAAUAAGCAGUUUUCACUAUCAGUUGCCAUUGUGCGUUCUGCUUUACAUUGCCAAGCCCAGCUAGGGGGAUUUUCUAGCAAACAAACUACAAUUUGGUAAUGCUUUUCCCUUUUUUCUCCUCUUUCCUCUUAGGUCUUGUUAACCAAACUAGUAACACUUGUAGGCAUUAUUUGCCUUGAGAUCACAGAGUGGCAAGAAGAUGACACCACAGAGAGCCUUUGAGGUCAUCAGUCCUGCUCCCCAGACACAUGCAGUAGAUGGGAUCAUAGAUUAAAGCUCUUAAGCCCCGGAAGAUGAAGGCUGCUGGUACAAUGUGAUAGCAUAAAGGAUUUCGAGUUGUUUUUAGUAUUCUGAUGGGGUAAAAUCAGUCUGCUGUCUCCUGGAAGCUGUGACACAUGAGCUUUCAUUGUAAUUCUCCCUGCGGUCUGAGUCUGACCCCCUAGCACACUGGAGAAGGCUGUGCUGUGUUUGUAGGUCACUCAGACUGCAGACAUAGCCCUUCAAACCUCCUCUUUGGGCAGGGGUUGUUACAGUUCCCUCCUACCACAAACAACAGGGUUAACCGUGGCUGUUUUGCACAUGUGCACAACUUCCGCAAUGAAGUCCAAUAUGCUCAAUAAUUUCACAGUUCACCUAACAUGAAAUCUGCUCCCUUCCUACCGUCAAGCUAUUUAAAUCUCUUCCCUCAGUAUUUCAGUUAGAAGAAAUACAGAGUUUAUAUCUAUUGCCGCAUACCCCUUGGAAAAACAGAAUCAUUAACCUUCCAUUUAAAUCAAUGAAUCUCUUUGCUCAUUAUUCAUAAUGACAUGCAGCACAAUAUUGCAGUGAUCAGAGGUGCAUUAAAAUUGUGCUUUUGCUGGUUACACAUGAAAGAUGUGCAUGUGUUGAAGCCACUCAAGACCCCAGCACUAUAAAUAGUGCUCUAUUGUUAGUGGAGAAAAGAUGAAACAAGUCUCCUGGCAGUGGAGCACAGCACACCCUAUUAAAUGUUAAGCUCUGCCUGUGCUAAAAGCAAACGGCAACAUCAGCCGACAAACUAGCCUGUGGGUAAGGCAUAUGACUGGGAAGAGUUUGCUCUGACUCUGCAGUUUCCCCAAAGCCACAGGAGCAGCCGCUUAUCGUUCUGCCUUGGCCAUGGCAGAAGCUGUUAUAAGGCACUGGGUGGAAACCCCCGUACGCUACCAAGAGCAGUUUGCUGCCCAAGAGCUGGAAGCGCACAGGCUGGACCACUCUUUAUAUGCUUUGCCGGGCCCUUCUACAGCUGCACUGAGCAGCAGAAGGUGUGUCACUGAAAGUACAGAUGGAGCCAGGAAUAGUGUCCCGGAGGAGGAAAACGCACGCUUUCGGGUCUUGCUGGACGUUGUGCAGUUUCGACCUGAAGAUAUCAUUAUUCAGACUUUUGAAGGCUGGCUCCUGAUCAAAGCCCAGCAUGGACCCAGGAUGGACGAACACGGUUUCAUAUCCAGAAGCUUUACCAGACAAUACAAAUUACCCGAUGGAGUGGAGAACAAAGACUUGUCUGCGCUUUUCUGCCACGAUGGCAUUUUGGUUGUUGAAAUGAAGAACUCGGUGGGAGAGAAUUAGAACCUUGUCCAUAGUUUAUUGGCUCUGGAAAAGCACACAAACUGAAGGAUACCAUCAAGAAAAAAACCUUCUUUCCACCAUUCAAGCUUGUAUACAAAAAAAAAAACCAAACCAAAACCAGAAACAAACACCCAAAUGUGGAAGAUUACUUAGAAGUGUGUUGCAUGUUUGAGACUAAAAGAAAAAGGAGUAAUCACUGACUCUAUCUGCUUGAAAACAUAGUAAAUGAUACUUCCUGUCGAAGACAAAUUAAUCUGAAAUAAAACAUUCAAAGACA